AAAGUAUAUUAUCGAUACCGCGCCGGAGGGCGGAACGCGAUCCGAUCCGAAGCCACAAACCUAAUCGCGGAUACGCUGGGUUGAAGAAAGCGCCGUCUCGCACCCCUGGACGCGACGCGGCUCGCGGGGCAGAGCGCUUCCAGCCGUAACCAAGUCAUGUAUAGAGUCACAAACGUGUACUUUGUCUGCUCUAUCGCCGCGCUAGGGGGAGCCCUCUUCGGGUUCGACAUUUCGUCCAUGUCAGGCGUGCUGGGCACGCAGGCGUACAAGCGCUUCUUCGGACACCCGACGUCCUUCACGCAGGGGACCAUCACGGCGUCGAUGCCGGCGGGGUCUCUGGUCGGGGCGCUGGCGUCGUCGAUUACGGCCGACCGGCUGUCGAGGAAGGCGGCGCUGCAGGUGAGCUGCGUGUUCUGGAUCGUGGGCAGCGCGGUGCAGUGCUCGGCGAUGGGGGUGGCGAUGCUGUGCGUGGGGAGGGCGAUUGCGGGGGUGUGCGUCGGGAUCACGAGCUCGAUUGUGCCCGUGUAUCAGUCUGAAGUUGCGCCGAAAGAGAUACGAGGCCGGGUGGUGAGCCUCCAGCAGUGGGCCAUCACCUGGGGCAUCCUGAUACAGUUCUUUAUCCAGUACGGCGUCGCGGAGGGCGUGUCGGGCGGGCCGCGCGACCCGGGGCAGUCGACGGCGGCGUUCCGCAUACCCUGGGCGGUGCAGAUGGUGCCGGCCGUGGCGCUCUUCGCGGGCCUCUGCUUUUGCCCGCAGUCGCCGCGCUGGCUGGCGUCGCGGGACCGCUGGCACGAGGCGCUCUUGGUGCUGGGCGCGCUGCACGAGGGCACCUACGGGCGGACCCCUGGCGGCGGAGGUGACGGCGGCGGGCGCAUGGCGAUCCACGACCCGCGAGUGAGGGCGCAGUACCGGGAGAUCGAGGACGCGCUGCGCUUCGAGCGCGAGCAGGCGGACGGGAGCUUCGCAGCGCUGAUCAGGGGCCGGAUGGUGCGGCGGGUGGUCCUGGGCAUGAGCAUCCAGGCGUGGAGCCAGCUGUGCGGGAUGAACAUUAUGAUGUAUUAUAUCGUGUACGUGAUGGAGGGCGCCGAGAUUGGAUCCCCUCUCCUGACCGCGUCGAUUCAGUACGUCAUCAACGUCGUGCUGACACUGCCGGCGAUUUUGUUUCUCGACAAAUGGGGUCGACGGCCGUCGCUCGUCAUCGGCUCCUUUCUCAUGAUGACCUACCUAUUUAUAUCGGGCGCACUACAGCACCACUACGGGCGUCCCAAUACAAUGGCAACGGCCACGCCGGGCAACAUGGACAUCAGCUGGGUGGUCGUGGGCAACCGCGGGGCGUCGUGGGCCAUUGUCGUGAGCUCGUACCUGUUCGUGGCGACGUUUGCGACGACCUGGGGGCCUACGUCGUGGACGUACCCGGCGGAGAUAUUCCCGUCGCGGAUCCGCGCCAGGGCCGUGAGCGUGUGCACGGCGACAAACUGGCUGUUCAACACGGUGCUCGCGUUUGCGGUGCCGCCGCUGUGUGAGUGACAAUAACAACUUGGCAAGACUACUACGGGACGGCGGCCCCGGUGGUCGAUUUUCCUUGGACUGUAGUACAGCAACGCUGACUCGCAGGUGUUCGUCCCUCCUCACCAGUGUGGCACGUCAAACAUAUUACAUAUUCGGCUCCUUCAACGCAGCCGCCUUCUUGCACAUGCUCCUCAUGGCGCACGAGACCAAGGGGUACACGCUCGAGGAGAUGGACGACGUGUUCGACCGGGGAGGACACGCGUGGGAGAGGAAGAAGGCGCCCGCGAGCCGGCUGGAGGCCAUGCAGACGCUCAUGGAGGAGGCCCCGAACGUGCAGCCCCCGGGGAGGCGCAACACCCGCGAAAAGUCGGGCCUACCCUGCACGGCGCUCGAGGAGGAGGUGGCACACGCGUGAGGCGGAGUUUGCUGAGCACGCAGGAACGGAGAAGAAGGAGUGGGUGGCUAUCCGGGAGGGUGCUGGUGGUUCGCGAGGAAUGUGGGCGACUCUGGUGUGAUCGCAAGACGUCGUCCCCAAAAGGGGCCUUGAUAGCUCGCUAUCCAUUCAACAUUUGGGCCUCUGAAAAAGGUCGGCUGUGUACUGGCAGAGCCGUGAAGUCGUGAGCCGUGACCCAGGAAGCAAGCCCUGUGCCAUGGACAGGGUGCACAUAUGAGCGUGUAAGUGGCCCAACCUACGUAGAGUAAGGGGCCGCCGGG